GAACGGGACGUGUCCCGGGCAGUGGAGCUCCUGGAGCGCCUCCAGCGCAGCGGGGAGCUGCCCCCUCAGAAGCUGCAGGCCCUCCAGCGAGUCCUGCAGAGUCGCUUCUGCUCAGCCAUCCGAGAGGUGUACGAACAGCUCUAUGACACUCUGGAUAUCACCGGCAGUGCAGAGAUCCGGGCUCAUGCUACAGCCAAGGCCACGGUAGCAGCCUUUGCUGCCAGCGAGGGCCAUGCCCACCCCCGGGUGGUCGAGCUGCCCAGGACAGAUGAGGGCCUGGGCUUCAACAUCAUGGGGGGGAAAGAGCAGAACUCUCCCAUCUACAUCUCCCGAGUCAUUCCCGGUGGUGUGGCUGACCGACACGGCGGCCUCAAGAGAGGGGACCAGCUACUCUCUGUCAAUGGAGUGAGUGUGGAAGGAGAGCAACACGAGAAGGCUGUGGAGCUGCUCAAGGCCGCUCAAGGCACCGUUAAGCUGGUUGUCCGGUACACACCCCGCGUGCUGGAGGAGAUGGAGGCACGGUUCGAGAAGAUGCGUUCAGCUCGGCGGCGCCAGCAGCAUCAGAGCUACUCGUCCCUGGAGUCUCGAGGCUGAGCUCUCCUGGACUUGGUUCCUGGUCCUCAACCCUUGACUAUGAGCCCUCUCUCCCCCUUAGCCCUCUCUGGCCCCUCUGUACAGUAUUAUUUAUUUACCCAGUCUUUCCUUAGACCCUAUUUAAAGCUCUUCUUUCCCUGC